AUGCCGGACUAUGGACGUCGACUUAUUCCUACUGUGAUCGAUGAGAUUGCUGAGAAGGAUCCUAAAAGGGAGGCCUAUUCCUCACCUCGCUCUUCCAAUCCGGGAGAUGGCUGGAAAGUUGUAACAUUCAAGGAGUAUGCGAAUGCUAUCAACUGCGCCGCACACUGGAUCAUCAAGACUUGCGGCGCCCCAACCCCGGGCUCAUAUCCCACCAUAGCUUAUCUUGGCCCCAACGACCAUCGCUACGUGGUGUUCCUAGUCGGGUGCAUCAAAGCUGGUUACAAGGCUCUAUUCAUAUCUCCCCGGAACACUCAGGAAGGCCAGCUAAAUUUAUUCGACAAGACAGAUUGCCGAAUUAUUGCUCAUGCUGAACCACAACGGGAAUUAGUCCAAUCAUGGGCGCAGGAGCGAGAGAUGACGGCCAUCGAAGUCGGCGAAGUCAACGCAUGGUUUCGUGAAGAAGACGUGGAGCCGUUCCCCUACACCAAGAGUUUCGAGCAAGUCGAGUGGGACCCAGUGUGCGUAAUGCAUACGAGUGGAAGCACUGGACUCCCUAAGCCCGUUGUUGUUACGAAUGGAAUGAUAUGCAUCAGCGAUGCUUAUCGCAGCCUACCACCCUUCCGCGACUAUAUACCCUGGAUGCAAGGCUUCGCGAAUGCUGGGAAGAGGCACUUUCUACCGAUGCCCCUUUUCCACGCGGCCGGAUUAUACAUCUUCCUCUUUUCCACAAUAUACUGGGAAACUCCAAUCGCCUUCGGAAUCGGUGACCGCCCCUUAUCUGCAGAUCUAGUCGUGGAGUGUCUUGCGAACGCAGACGUUGCUGGAACUGUGCUUCCGCCGGCCAUGUUGGAAGAGAUGAGUGAAAGCCAGGAAUACAUCCAAGCAUUAGCGAAGCUUAAUCUCGUGUCGUUUGGUGGAGGGAACUUGAACAAAGAGGCAGGUGAUAGAUUGGUCAAGAAUGGCAUAAGACUGUCAAAUGUGAUUGGUGCUACGGAAUUCACUCCCUAUCCCAUAUAUUUCCAGCCAAACCGCGAUCUCUGGCAAUGGUUCAUCUUUGACUCUGAUGCGUUUGGGGCAGACUGGCGUAAAGUCGAGGAUACUGAAGAUGCUUAUAACCUAGUUAUCGUACGAAAGGACAAGAAGCCUGGCGUUCAGGGCUUCUUUUACACCUUCCCUGAUAUCGAUGAGUACGAUACUAAGGACAUGUACAAGCCCCACCCAACCAUCCCAGACCACUGGAUCUAUUACGGGCGGUCGGACAACAUCAUCGUGUUCUCUAACGGAGAAAAGCUGAACCCGGUCACGAUUGAAGAGAUCGUGGUGGGACACCCCGAAGUUAAGGGUGUCCUGGUGGUUGGAACUGGCCGCUUUCAACCUGGACUUUUGAUAGAGCCCACCAAAAGUCCCGCAAACGAUGAAGAAGCUGAAAAGCUGCUUGAUAGAAUCUGGCCGUAUGUCGACCGAGCAAACAAAGAGACAGUAGCUCAUGGACAUAUAGGACGUGAGUUUAUGGCAUUGGCUAAUCCUAGCAAGCCUUUCCUUCGUGCCGGCAAGGGAACUGUCCAGAGAGCGGGAACCUUGAAACUUUAUGCGGACGAGAUCGACAAGACAUAUGAAGGAGUUGAAAAGCGGUUUGAAGCAGUUGCUCCCCACAUUGAUAUCAGCUCCGAGGACUCUUUGGUAGAAUCAAUCAAGGAGAUAUUCCAAACGAGACUAAAUUUCAAGGGGAACCUUGACCAAGACACUGACUUCUUUUCUGCCGGAAUUGACUCCCUGCAGGUCAUCAAUGCCUCUCGUCUCCUUCGCUCUGCACUAGAGGAAUCUGGAGUUCACAUCGACCCGUCAACCCUAGCCACUCGGGCCAUCUACGGGCAUCCAACGCCACGAAAGCUUGGGCAGUACAUCUACUCUGUUUUGCAAGAAGGAGAUGAAUCUAAACUAGGGAGGAAUGAGGAGCAUGAGCUACAAGCUAUGCAGGCUCUCUGGGAGAAGUACACCAGUGAUCUUCCUACAAAAGGGGAAAGAAGACCGGAUCCAGAGGACAAGGAUCAGACAGUUAUUCUUACCGGGAGCACUGGCAUGUUAGGUUCCUACAUACUGGAUAUCAUGACUAAAAGCCCCAUGGUCAAGAAAGUCAUCUGCUUGAAUAGGGCACAGGACGGUGGUGCAAAACAGCAGGCGAAAGCUGUUGAAGACCGUGGUCUCAGCCCUGAUUAUGUGUCCAAGGCCGAAUUUCUGCACGCAGACAUGUCACGAUCGGACUUCGGCCUAGCUAGCGAUGUGUAUGAAAGGUUGCUGAGUGAGGCGGACCGUCUGAUCCACAAUGCGUGGACUGUCAACUUCAACAUCCCGGUCGAAUCAUUCGAGCCCCAUAUCCGAAGCAUCAGGAACAUUGCAGAUUUUGCUACUAGCUCGUCCAAACGCGUAGCUGUCGUAUUCAUCUCCUCGAUAGGGACAGCAGACCAUUGGGAUAACAAAAAUGGGCAGGUGCCGGAGGCAAGACUGGAAGACCUCAGAUUGGCCGGAGGGGGCUAUGGACGCAGUAAGAUGGUCGGAAGUCUUAUUCUCGACGAUGCGGCCAAAGCAGGCGGGUUUCCGGCAGCGAUAAUCCGGGUUGGACAGAUUGCUGGACCCGAGUCGGAUGCUGGCUGUUGGAACAAACAUGAGUGGCUCCCAUCUAUCAUUGCAAGCAGCUUGCAUAUGAAAGCACUUCCCAGCCAUCUUGGUAUCAUGAACCGCGUCGACUGGACACCAGCUGAACGGAUUGCGAACUUGGUCCUUGAGGUUGCUGGCGUCUCUCAAAAAGUCAUUGCUGACGACAUCAAUGGGUACUACCACGGCGUCAAUCCGUCUGCUACGACUUGGGAGGAACUUGCCCCUGCGGUUCAAGAGUUCUAUGGGAAAGAACGGAUUCCAGAGUUGAUUAGUUUCGGGGACUGGGUUCAGCGACUGGAACAAAGCCAGGGCAGCGAUGCCCAGGCCCUAGAUAAAAACCCAGGCAUCAAAUUGUUGGAUUCGUAUCGAGGCAUGGCGGACGCGGGUAAAGAGCCCGUGGUAUUUGAUACCAAGCGCACGACAGAGCAUAGUGCAACUAUGAAGGCUACCAAUGUUGUGACGCCUGAGGUGAUGAAGCAUUGGUGUAAGCAAUGGGGGUUUUAAGGAGAUUUAGGAAGCUCAUUCUGGUAGUAUGCGAUAUAUCAGGUGUCUAGGUAGUAGGUACUAGGUAUUUGCCUAAGGUAUAACAUGUAUUUAUUGUGGGCUUUUCUCUCUUUUGAUAGAUACAUACGAAUAAAUUUAAAACUUACAUACAUAGGUUAUAUGCUUAGUAUGUAU